AUGACGGAUAUCCUUUCGUCACACAUUGGAUGGUCACGUAGUCCUAUGCCAGGCGCCUCUCAACAACAAAAACAGCAACAAGACCAACAACAACAAAAUUUUCAAAAAAAUACACGUCGUGCAUUACCAAGAUUAAAAAAUGAUAUUUCACCACAAUCAACAUCGCGUAAAGUAACUUUGUUCCGUAACGGUGAUCGUUAUUUUGCUGGAAAACAAACUGCUAUAGUACCACAAAAUUAUUCUAAUCUUGGACAAUUAUUACAAGAAUUAUCAACGACAAUCGAUUUACCGUAUGGUGUAAGACGUUUAUUUACACCAAAUCGUGGUUCAGAAGUUACAGAUGUUAGUGUAAUUAAAGAUGGUGCUUCAUAUGUUUGUGCUUCAUUUGAACCAUUUCAAAAAUUAGAAUAUACUUCUAUAGCUGUACCACGUUUAACAUUCAACAUCGAACAACGUAAGUUAUUAUUAUAUAUUCUUAACUAA